UGUUUAACUAAACCUCAUCCCUUUUGUAACCCCCAAAGUGCUGUUUAACUAAACCUCAUCCCUUUGGUGCAGGUGCAUGCUGGGAGCUGUGACUGAAUGGAGCAGGUUGGAUAUCUGUGGGGUGUCUAAAGACCCCCAGCAUUCCAUAAGAAGGAACAACACCCACCAGUCAAAUCUGCUGGGCAUUUCCAGGAAAAGACGCUAAAAUGCCACAAAGAUGCAGCAAGUCAGCUGUUAGUCAGCGACAAGUUGGGAAAUAAGAUCCCGGAGAGGAUGGAAAUGAAAGAGCUGCAGACACAUAACACUUUCCCUGCGCUUGGGAUUAUUUGGGGUGGGAGGGCUGCUCCAAAAAAUCUCUCCCUUUAAGAGGCAGCCUGCAGUGACGACUCAUUGAAAAUGGCAUUCCAGUAUAAAUUUAUUGUUCCACCUCCUCUCAUCUUCACUUCUCUCUCUCUUCUCUUCAUGUUCGUAUCCACCCUGGGCUGGAAGAGGAGGGGGGGUCACAACUACAAAAAAAAAGGCGACUUGUGCGACUUGUGCCGACUCCUGCGCUCAGACGCGCCUUUGCUUCCCCUGGACCAGCCACAAAGGCGCAAGAACUGCAUCCAGGGAGAUAGAGAAAUGACAGGGGCGCCUUGAUCAAGUUGGGAAACCUGGAGGAAGAGCUGACAGUUAGCAGCGCCGGCAUUGUCCGAAGAGCCGGCAGUUUGCAGAGAGAUACAGCAGUAUUCAGAGCGAUACAGCAGUAUUCAGAGCCGGCAGUUUGCACAGAGAUACCGCGUAUUCAAAACCGGCAGUUCGCAUCCUUGAGAUCCACUGUAAGAAGAGCUGGCAGUUUCCAGUCUAUUGUGAGCGCUGAUGCUGAAAGAAGCACAAGGCUGCCACAAUCUGCUGCUGUUGCUUAACAGGAACAAAGUUUUGACCGGUUCCUGCUUCUGUUGACAUUUUUAUUCCUGUGGCUGAUUCAUCCCAGACGCUUUUUUUUUUUUUUUUUUUUUUUUUUAUAUUUUCCCCUUCUUUCAGUUAGAGAACAAUGGUGCUGAUCCCGAGCGUCCUGCUGCUGCUGCUUGUGGCUGGGAAGUUGCACUUUGCCGCCGCUGCGCUUUCUAACAAAACUGCCGACUCCAGCGGCCGGGCCGAUCCACCUGCCCAUUAUAAACAUCACCGGGGCGAACACCAGAGGCGCAGCGGCAUCGUGCAGAAUAUCGACCAGAUUUACGCCGGCGGGGGCAAGGUGGGCUACAUUCUGUACGCGGACGGCAAGAAGUUUCUGCUGGACUUGGAGAGGGAUGAGUUGUUGUUGUCUCCCCACUUCAGCACCAGGUACCUGGGACGCCUCCAUCCUCAGCACCGUUUCCAGCGACACUGCUUCUACAGGGGGACAGUGGACUCCAGCCCCCAGUCUUUGGCUGUGUUCAACCUGUGUGGGGGCUUGGAUGGCUACUUUGCAAUCAAACAUGCCCACUACACCAUCAAGCCUCUAAUCAAAGGCUCAGCAGGUGAAGCCCAUGUCUACAGCGAUGGUUCUGAGAGGGUGCUCCAUGCCUUCAUCAAGGAUCGCUUUAGCUUUGAGACUGUACCCACCAGAGCCAGCUGUGAAACCCAUGGCUUAAAGAAAAGGCUGCAUAAGCAUGGGCACCCCCACAAACACCAGCAAACCCAGGAGAACCCUCAGAAAGCCAACCAGACCUCAGUUCCUUCUGAUCCCAACCUCAAAGAAACGUUCUUCCAGUCAACCGCACUAAAGAAACGCCAGAGGAGGUCCAUAUCCAAGUCCAGACACGUGGAACUCCUCCUGGUAGCUGAUGAGUCCAUGGCCAAGAAGUACGGGAAGGACCUCCACCACUAUCUGUUGACUUUGGCUUCUAUUGCAUCGAGGCUGUACAGUCAUGCCAGCAUUGAAAACCAUAUCCGCUUGGCUGUGGUCAAGGUGGUGAUGUUGACAGACAAGGACAAGGGGCCAGAUGUGAACAAGAACGCGGCCACCACCCUGAAGAACUUCUGCAAGUGGCAACAUCAGCACAACCAACUGGAUGAUGAGCACGAUCAGCACUAUGAUGCGGCCAUCCUCUUCACCAGGGAGGAUUUAUGUGGGCAUCAUUCAUGUGAUACCUUGGGAAUGGCAGACGUUGGAACCAUAUGCUCACCGGAGCGCAGCUGUGCAGUAAUUGAGGAUGACGGCCUCCACGCAGCUUUCACUGUCGCUCACGAAAUUGGACACCUUCUUGGACUUUCCCAUGACGACUCGAAGUUCUGCGAGGAAAACUUUGGCUCCCUGGAAGACAAACGCCUUAUGUCAUCGGUACUGACGAGCAUUGAUGCUUCGAAACCUUGGUCAAAGUGCACCUCGGCGACAAUCACCGAUUUCUUGGACGACGGCCACGGAAACUGUUUACUGGAUCAACCUAGAAAUCAAAUCUUGGGACCAGAAGAGCUUCCUGGACAGAGCUAUGAUGCCAUCCGCCAGUGCAAACUCGCCUUUGGGCCGACAUACACUGUGUGUCCUGGCAUGGAUGUCUGCUCGCGAUUAUGGUGCGCAGUUGUACGGCAAGGCCAAAUGGUGUGUUUAACGAAGAAACUUCCGGCAGUGGAGGGAACACCAUGCGGGAAAGGAAGAAUAUGCCUCCAUGGAAAAUGUGUUGACAAAAACAAAAAGAAAUAUUAUUCGGUUUCCAGCCAUGGUAAUUGGGGUUCCUGGGGACCAUGGGGACAGUGCUCUCGCACAUGUGGUGGAGGAGUCCAGUUUGCAUAUCGCCACUGUAAUAAUCCUGCCCCUAAGAACAGUGGAAAGUAUUGCAUAGGGAAGCGAGCAAUCUACCGUUCUUGCAAUGUUACCCCAUGCCCAUCUAAUGCUAAAUCUUUCCGGCAACAACAGUGUGAAGCGAGGAAUGGCUACCAGACUGAUGCUAAAGGUGUGAAGACGUUUGUUGAGUGGGUGCCCAAGUAUGCAGGAGUUCAGCCCGGAGAUGUGUGCAAGCUUAUCUGUCAAGCCAAAGGAACUGGAUAUUAUGUUGUUUUUUCACAAAAGGUUACUGAUGGCACUGAAUGUAGACCUUACAGCAAUUCGGUGUGCGUAAGAGGGAAAUGCGUUCGCACGGGUUGUGAUGGGAUUAUAGGUUCCAAGCUCCAGUUUGAUAAAUGCGGUAUAUGUGGAGGUGACAACUCCAGCUGUGCAAAGGUCAUGGGCACCUACACAACUAAAAGCAAAGGCUACACUGAUAUCGUUAAGAUUCCUGAAGGUGCAACCCACAUAAAAGUACGACAGUACAAAGCCAAAGACCAGACUAGAUUUACAGCUUACUUGGCAUUAAAAAAGAAAACGGGGGAAUAUAUCACCAAUGGGAAGUAUAUGAUAUCUACAUCUGAAACCAUUAUUGAAAUGAAUGGUUUUGUUAUGAACUACAGUGGCUGGAGUCAUGCAGAAGAUAUGCUUCAUUCCAUGGGACAUUCAUCAACUCAAGAAGUGUUAGUAGUCCAGAUCCUUGCCACAGAUCAAAGCAAACCUAUUGAUGUACGUUACAGUUUUUAUGUACCUUCAAAACAGGAUUCUAAUACAAACAGUAUAAAUAACAUUAACAAUGUGGUCCCAAAGAUUUCCCAGCCACAGUGGGUGACAGGACCAUGGCUUUCCUGCUCCAGAACAUGUGACACCGGCUGGCACACCAGGACUGUCCAGUGUCAAGAUGGACACGGAAAAUUAGCUAAAGGGUGCCUACUUUCUCAGAGACCAUCAGCAUUUAAACAGUGUUUGCUGAAGAAGUGUUAACCAAAGGACUUACGUUUGCUCUGAUUUUACUGUAGUGCUACAGUAUCUCUAUCUACACAGAUGUAGGCCGAGGCUUUGUUGAGUCUCUACCAAAAGAAAACAUUCAUCAAGAUUAUAAUGUGUACCAUAAAAUGGCAACACAACCUCAAAAUCAUGAAAGGUAGAACGUGACAUAUAGUAAUGGAGGUUCCGAGGAGAAAGAUCUCCUUAUUUUGCCACCUACCUCUAGAUAGAACAAAAAAACCUUGAGGAACAUCUGUUAAUUUGUACUUGUGGAUGGCAUGCAGUAGGUUAUACUUGUGGUGAUUGUAAAUACUAUAUGUGUCAUAUUGUGUGCCACGUUAUAUCACUUGCUUCUUUAUUUAAGCACAAGAUUGACCAAAGUAUUUCUGCAGCUGCUGUGACCAUUCCAUUUCAUACAGGGGCUGCUGGAGAGAUUUACUGGAAAAACAGCUUGCUGCUGUUCAUUCUUGGGUUCCUUACCCCCCACACCCCAUUCAUUUAUGACAGCAGAUUUUCAUUUUAGAAAAUGUGAUGCCUUCCCUGCUCAAAAAAUGUUACAAUCUUUGUCAAAGGUACACAGCUGAUUCUGUGGAAAGAUUUUUUUUUAGAACCAAAAAAAGUCAUUGGAGUGUUGUAAACAUCUGACAUUCUUUAUACAUAUAUACACUUAGAUUAAAAAAGAGAAUAUUAUAUACAAGUGAAGUAAUUUAGCCAUUAGAGUAUCAGAUGUUUGCACACCUUAAUUACUAAAAUGUGGGAACAGGUGGCCCAGGUCUAUUGACCCAAAACAACAAAUCAGAUGUUUGCUUUCAAACAGCAGGCCAGAAGAAUGCUACCUGCUGAUUGGUUAAUGUAAGUUAUUAGAAUGGGAACAAUUACCCCCUUAAAAUGUUAAUUUACUAAGUUUCUGAUUGGCUGUAAAUGAGCUGCAUUAUAUAGUGAGCUAUAAGAGGCUUUCUGGGGUGUUAUGGUGUGUUUCUCUUUAUAGACAAUGCUGUAUUGUCAUUCGCAGUACCUUAACUGUGGAUGAGGGCACAUAAGUAAAUUAUGGGAUGCAAACUGUGAGUGCUGUCUCUGCUUUAUAGUAUGUACCCCAAAAUGCUUAAACAUUCAAAGGCAAAGCACAUGUAUCCAAGACUGUCUCCACACAGAGAGAAAAAAGGUUUUGCAGAAUGUUCUAGACAAGUCAUCAAAAAAAAUUUAGAGUGAAAAUAUUAAGACUGAAUAUACCAACUGUGGCACAAUGCAUCUGGAAAUAAAGCAUACCAACACUAGAGCCUAAAACUGAAGUACUUUGCAGAGAUCAAUCAUUUUGCUAUUGAUAGCAAAUCAAUUAAUGCAGCAUCAUGCCAAUUUUACCAUUGUCUUUCCCAAAUGAUUUUGCAUCAUGUAUUGUUACUUUUAGAAAGCAGCUAGACAUUUUUUAGUUGAUAUGGCCAAGGAUCAUUUUCAAAAUUGUUUGGAAAAAAAAACAGCUUCAUUAGGUUACGGGAAGUCAGCAAUAUUUUCACAUGACAUAAAAACACAUAUAAAACACUUAUAAAAGAACAAAUUAGACCAGUUGUUGAACAGGUCAUUCUUGGCCACAUUUAUUUCAAACAGACAGACUUUACCAAAUACAGGCAGCCACAGUCUAAAGUUUCCUGGCAUCACCAAAAGGUCAUCAGAGGAAAAUACGUCAUUCAAAACACUUUUUUUUUUUUAAACAACUUGUACCUGAUAUCAAUUUGUGAACUUGUAGCCAUCUUAAAUAUUUGAAAACAUACUAUUUUAAAUAUUUGGGCUUUAAAAAAAAAUUAAACCAUUUUUGUUCAGGAUCCGUUUUAAAAUGAAAAAAAGAAAGAAAAAUAUACUGUACAUAUUGUUUAAAUACCUUUACAGUAAUACAACACAAUCCAAUAAAAGUAGAUGUUAUAAUCAUUAUGCUGCUUUCACAUAUAUUAUUUUACUUUAUUGAUAUUGACACAAAUAGUUUACCCAGUAAAAUAAUAUUUUGACAUAAUUGUAAGGAAAGAAAAUAUGGAUAUAUUUUCAUUUACAAUGGAAUUAUUUUUGUAAAAUUUUAGCAAGAUUUGCUUUUUUGUAUUUGUUCUACUGAAGGCAAGUCACGUUUCAGUUGUAUUAUUCCUUAUAGAUCAGUGAAUUUGUUUAUUUAAAGAAAUAUAAAAUUCGGAAUUAAAUCAGGGCUCUUGAAAAUCCCUUGAACAGAAAAUUCUAAAGCAAACUUUUUUAUAGAGAUUAUUAUAAUAUAAAAACAUUUAUUUUCCCCAAAACUGAAUAUAAGCUUAUGUCAUUAAAAUAUAUAAAAUAAUUACAGAAAGUACAGAAAAUAAGAUCACAGAUAACAUGCAAUAAAGUUAUAUUUUCUUUAUAAAUUGAUUUAAUCAAUUAUUUUUUGUAAAAUUUUAAAAAAAAAUGAAUAUUUUAAUUGGAAUUAGCUUAUUCAUUUUUGAUUUACUGAUGGAUAGUCAUGUAACUGUCUCGUUAUUUUUGAUACAUCAGUGAGUUUAUUUAUAUAAAGAAAUAUAAAAAUUAAUGAAUUAAAUCAGGCCUUAAUAUUCUUUUAAAAGAUGAUCAAUGUGUAAGAAGAAAUGUUUUUUCUUCAUAGGAUCUUUAUUAAUGAUGAGCGAAAUUCUUCGCCAGAUUUGCCCCUUGGCGUCAAUGCAGUGGACACAUUUUUUGCUGUUUCAUUAAAUUUUGUCAAAUUUUCAGUGAAGCAAAACAGGUCAGAUUCGCCCAUCAUUAAACAUUAAUCAUAAUCCUUUGUUUUGUUUUUUUUAAAUGUGCCACAUUUUAGUUACUAUUACAGUAAAAUGCCUUUACUGCCUACUCUUACAGUAAAAUUCCCUUAGACAUUAUAAAAUAGUUUUCAAUUUUCUAUUAUAUUUUUACCUGAGUGCAUUUAAUGAUUAAAUUAGCCACUUUUUGUGUUUUAAGAACACAACUGUCAUUCUCAGACAAUUUCAGGAGAAAGUAGCAGAGAUGCAUGGAACAAAUAGAAUUAGAGACAAUUACCAAUGAUAGUGUCAGUGUUUUAAAAAAAAAAAACGACUUGAAGCUGUCACUGAACAAUAACAAGAAAAUGAACCGCGUGGUUUUUAAACAUAAGAACUAGGAUACUGAUAUUUUAAGAAGCUUGCAAAUGUCAAUUUGAAUAGGCUACUACGACUUCGAUACGAUUCGAAGUAAAAUCGUUCGAAUAUUCGACCAUUCGAUAAUCGAAGUACUGUCUCUUUAAAAAAACUUCGAUUUC